GGUGCCCCCCAGGUAGGAACGAUAAGGACGAAGUAUCCAGUGCCGGAUUAAGGUAGGGAUGGAGUUAGUUCUCAAGACGCAAGAGAAAUUGUAGCACUUCAUAAUGAAAUAAGAAAUAAAAUAAUGAGAGGAGAGGUUCCUGGUCAGCCAAGAGGUGUUGGAUUAAAUAUUUUGGAAUGGGAUAGUGACUUAGCGGAGGAAGCGCAAAGUUGGGCGGAUAAUUGUGUCUUUCAACAUAAUGAUGUUUACGACAGUCGAUUUCCAGUAGGACAAAAUUUGUAUAUGUCACAAAGUACCAGUUCUUCUGGACCUGAUUGGGAGGCAGCUAUUGAUGAUUUAUAUGAUGAGCAUCGACUAUACAGUUAUGGUGAAGGUUUUUCAUAUUCUGCAGGACAUUAUACUCAACUCGUUUGGGCAGACACAGAAUAUGUAGGAUGUGGUUAUUCGGCUUGCGACUCAGGAUAUUAUACAAACCAAAUUUAUGUUUGUAAUUAUGGACCUGCCGGUAAUGUAAUGGGUGAAUUUCCUUAUAAGACAGCAGCAUAUCGAAAAAGAAAAAAUUCACAAAAAAGGAAAAAGAAUAGAAAGAAUCGGUUAAAUAGAAAAAGGAAAACAAAUAAGAAAUACUACGAUUAACUUAGACGAACCUUACUUAAUUCUUUCCCCUACUAUAAUUUUAACAAUAAUAAUCUCUCUUAAAUAGAAAAUUCGAUUCACCUUCAUAUCCAACCGAUUUCAUUGUUAUUUCUUCCAAUUACUAUGUAACAACGCCAAUAAGUUCCACCCGGUUGAACUAAUUUCGCUGAAAAAACCCCAUCCCCUUUACGUUCUUCUCGUCGAUCUCGUUGAAUUUACCAGAUCUAUCUAUCCGUCCAGCUUUCUCUCCCCCAGCUUUAUCCGCUAUCCGUUACCGUUCCCUGCGUGGGCAUUGUCCGCGUUUUCUGGGUAGGUUGAGAUACAGGGGUGGAUGCGGUACUUUGACAGAUUACGCCCUACUAAAUAAUAGAUUAUUCUUCUCUGCCCUUUCGGGGGAGAUUCAUUUGGAUGAAAAGCCAAAAUCCAAAAUCUUAUGAUGAAAAACAUAACAUGGUCUUAUAU